UAAGCUUAGGGUUUCACACCAUAACACCACUGUUUUCAUGGUAUCAGAGCCCUAGGCGCCGCCAUGGCUACAAACAACAACGAAAACCAAGAUGCUUCUGCAUCUGACCCAGUAUCAAAUACACUCUAUCCCAUGGAAGAUCCUUACUUCCUUCACUGUUCUGAACAACCUGGUUCUCUUCUGGUGGGUGAAAAGCUCGCUGCAAUAAACUACAACGACUGGAGCCGCGCAAUGUUCAAUAUCCUCGCAGCAAAGAACAAGCUGGGCUUCCUGAAUGGUGCUAUUCGUGAAACUGCAGAAACAGAUCCCAGAAGAGGAACAUGGGUUAGGAACAACAUCAUGAUCCUCAGUUGGAUACAACAAUCGGUUAAAUAUGACCGAAAAGAUACUCAACAACGAGAAGAUACUCAACAGAGUUUGGUGACCGAAAAUAGUACAAAGUAUCAACAGAAGGGUAGUAAAAGUAAAGGAGCAAGGAGAACACCAUAGGACGCUAUAGGAAAAAAAAGGGAAAAAAGUGGUUGUCGACCGGACAAUGAAUGCGUGAAGGAAGAUAUUUGGGACGUGGUCAAGCACCAUCGUGAGUAGAAGUCGUGGGUGUCAUCUGUCAAGUCUACCUAGAGAAAGUUUCUAGUGGAAAUGUUGGCUCUGAGGUAUGGCGAGGAGCUACUCAACUUAGUAGAUCAAAGCUAGUACCAAGCAUCGAUGAAGGAGUUGUGGAAGUAAGGAGGAAACCACAAGGCUAUAAUGAAAGUUAUGGUGAAAAGGGUGGUAGUUGAUAAAACGACAAAUUCAGGGAGAAAGAUAGUUAGGAAGAGCCGGAGACAGAAUACGAAGGUCAACAAGGAGGCGUUAAGGUGAUUGCCGGUGGAGAAUAAGUUGGAUCAUAGGAAGCCCAUCAAGAACUGAGAAGCUCAAUGGUACCUUAUCGGGCAAGGUACAUAAGUGAGAAUAGAAUAUGGGCACCAAGAUGACUACAUCGAGGACGAGGGACAUAUAGAACUAGCGAGAAACAUUGAUAAGAGGAGUCACGAGUAAAUAAGUAAGAUGGAUAUGAGUUUAGCGAACCUGCUAGGAUACCCUAAAGUGAAAGCAAUACCACCUAUGAGGGUAAAAUGUGGCGAUCCCUCGAGUGAGAAUUUCUUGGACGGGGAAACGGUAUGAGGAAUUUCAGGCAAGGUCAAAGAACAAUAGAAGAGAUCGUACGAGAACUCCCAAGUCAAACGGUGAUAAGGAAGUGUUAAGUUAGACGCCAUGGGUGAAAAAGUACUCAAAAUGGAAGGUCGUGUUUCUGGAAAGAAGUCAUAAAAUUGAUCGCAAGCUAGAGAAAGAUGCAAAGGAUGCCUCUAAUGCAUACAGAAAGUCGAAGCAGUAGUAUGAGGUUCUAGCACUAAGCAGCAAGUAACGAGAAGGUGACCAUUCGAUUUAUGGUUAAUGGAUAAGACGAGGCAUUAAGGAAGAAAGUAAGAGAUGCAAAGUUAAGAGAUACAAGGACCUAGGUGAUCUAUGAGAUCAACCCCGGACGAGAGUUAUGUUAAAGGAGUUCUACCAUCUGACUGAAUAGGGGAUAAGCCGUCAUCAAUGACCAUGAAGUUGGAGAGGGGCAGUACCUUCUCAUAUACCGAAUAAGGGAUAUGUAUCAUUCCGGCAUAUGUCCAAUGUGCAGCCUAGGUGAUGUGAGGGGUUAAGAAGCCACAACAACAAUGAAGUUGCAGGGAAUGGAGAGAAGGAUUUUAGGUCACGUUGUAUAAGUUAAAGGAAAUACAAAUCCUCGAAGUGAAAAGGAUUAACACAAGCGAUGCUUAGGAUAAUCACAGUGGACGAAUUUCGAGGGCGAAAUUUCUAUAAGCGGGGAGGAAAUGUGAUACCUCGACUUCGAUAGGAACUGUGAUACCUCGAAUUCGAUAGGAAAAUGUGAUACCUCGGCUUCGAUAGGUUCAACAUCAAGUACUGGGCCCAAGUGGGAAAAUUUUGAAAAGGGCAAUGAGUCACUCAAACCUAUUCGAUGCUACCAAGCUAGAUGAGAAUAUAUGUUAUGGUCAAGAGUACAUAUAAGAACUAUAAUAAGCUAUUUAAGACAAGGUAAGGUCACGCCAGUGAAGUUCAUAUAGGAAGAGUGAAAUCUUGAGCUAAAGAAGCAUGAGAAUGAGGAGUAUGGAAGGAUGCGCCCGAUCAAAUUUCUGGGACGAAAUUUUUAUAAGGGUGGAGGAAAUGUUACACCCCGCUCUCCCCAAAAGUCAAAAUGACUAUUAAACCCUUGGGUCAAGUUCCACCGUAUUAUCGACGAGGAUUAAAAAUGAGAAUUAUCGGUUCAAGCGGUGUCGAAUUUCGACAUAAAAUGAGAAAGUUACG